UUUUAUAAAUAAUCCACCCUCAAAAUUUAUAUAGGAACUGUGUUGUUUAAAAUGUUCUCUCACUUUUUUUCCCUAAUAAAUAUUUUAAGUGCAUAAUAUUUAAGUGAUACUACUUAAUGAACAUUUUUAUACUCCAUGGACUAUUUUUGUGUGAAGUAGUUCAGAGAAAAGUGCUAAAUGGAACAAGUUUCACUAUACCUAAAAGUGUACCAACCACUUGAACCACUUUUCGCGUAGGAGUCAAUUUUCUUAGGAAGGAAUCCACAGAGCACUUGGGGAGGCAGAAAGUGAUGAUAUUGUCUGAAAUGCCCAUAAGACUGCUGUUUUAGAUGGUUAACUGUGUCAAUUUGAAGCUAAGAUGAACAAUGCAGAAAUAUUACGAUUUUCCUCAGCGUCAAAGACUUAGUAAAAGGGGUGGAUAACUUGGACGGUAUUUAGUGAAAUUGUUGGUUGUUUUCUCACCUGAAGAAGUCUCUGGUCAGACAAGUGAGAAAGAGGCGGGAAAAUCACGAUUUCGUGGGCAAAUAUCUAGAUUUUCUGCCCAACAGACCACCAUAGAGCAGAAGCACAAAAUCACCUGCCAAGAUGUUCACGUGUCUCUGGCAAUUGUGGGAUUGGCUGGAUCCUCCGCCACUCUUCACCACCGCCACGAUGGAGAGCAAGAAGUUGCAACAACUUCAACAGGCCAAUACUCAUAUGGCGCCACAACCGAUGCCACAAACCAAGGCCCCGUCAUAUCAUACAGCAACAGGGGACUACCGGUCGCAGCAUUCACCAGUCUUCCAGAAUCAUCCACAGUACCAGAGUCUGUCAUCAAAUUUCGCUCAGAUCAACAUGACUACCCAUCAGCAGCCCCACUUGCAUGUGAAACCCAUUGGUCCGGGUUCACAGUACGGUGGAACAGGGUUCAGUCAACCUCAGACGCCAUCUCAGCAUCUCAAUCACUACCAUGGGGAGCAGUUGUAUCAGAACAACACCCGGGAGCGGCUGUAUCAGCAGGCUCCACUUAGGCAGCACUACACUCAGGCCCAUCAACACAUGAGUCCAUCAGCUCAGUUGCAGCAGCAGUAUCAGCAGCUGCAACAAGCUAAGUUGCAGGCUCAACUGCAGACCCAGAGUGAUGCUCUGAUCCAACAACAGCGUACCUUUGCCAUGCGGCAACAGCUCAACCCUCCCAUACCGCACUACCAUCUGCAGAGUCAGACAUCCCUCAAUCAGAUCCCCGUGCAGGUUCAACCUCAACCACAGUCCAUGCAUCGAAGUGCUCCACCCUCGAGUCUAAAUCUCACUAAUCAGUUCCAGCCCGCAGGAACGGGAAAACUACCACCAGACUCUCACUAUGGUACAACGCAAACUGCGAAUCAGUUGUCACCGCAGUCAGGUUUGACAAACGCAGCUUUGCUCCAGAACCACAAAGCACAGAGUCAGGCUAUAUACCAGCAGAAUCAGCUAAUUCAGCAGCAAAUGAUACAGAACAAGUUGCAGCAACAGAAGCAACAGCAGCAGAGUCCGCAGGAUCAGAUAAUAAUUCAGCAGAACAAUCCGGGUUCCGUGAUGAAUCAGGCAUGUCAGACUCAGAUCUCAGGCCAAGUGCCCAAGGCCAAGCAACAGCAGAAUUCUGACAAAACACCAUCGCCUUCCCAUGCUCCGUUGGACAGGAAAAAGAGCGGAGGUACUCCCAUUGCUCUAAAGUCUCCUGUAACGAAGCGUCCAGCUUCUUCGCCAGUAACCCUUUCAGGGUGGCUCUAUAAGCAGGGUUCGGAUGGUCUCAAGGUUUGGAGGAAGCGAUGGUUUGUUCUGUCGGAGUACUGUUUGUUCUACUAUAAGGGUCCUGAGGAGGAAAAGUUACUGGGGUCCAUACUUCUGCCAUCGUACCGUGUUGCUGCUUGUUCUCCCGAAGACAAGAUCUACCGUAAGUACGCAUUUAAAUGCGAACACGUCAAUAUGCGCACAUACUGGUUGUCAGCUGAGACAGCCGAAUCAAUGGGGCAGUGGGUUAGGGCCCUUACUGCUGCAACAAUGAUGCAGUGCAGUAGUGAGUCCGAUCAAACACCCCAGCCUAGCAUGUCGUCAUCGCUGAAUCCAAGCGGUGAAAAUAGCGACUCCGGUAUCCAUACCUACCAGAGUCAGCAGAGUAAGAUAAGCGUUCCUGUCGGCCAUGGACCUCUAACACCAGCAUCUGAUGGCAUGGGUGGGGGAAGCAGUGCUGGAGGAAGUGCAACGGGUGGAGGACCACAGCCUCUCUAUGCAAAUGCUCCUCCAAAACCAAAAAGGGCCAAUGAUGGAGGAUACUCUUCGCCUAGUCCUGAACAUUCAGUCGAAAGAUAUGAUGGGAAUUUUGAGGCACAUCACAUGGAUGCCAAUCAGAGGCGAAUGGAUGUAAAGUCGCCUCUGAGUCAUCAAUCACCUGAUUCACUGUAUGAAGUGCGUCGACAGAUGGCCAAAUCACCGGACCCAACCCUAGCGUCAAGGAUGCAGCAAGUCCGGCUAGAAGGAAGCAAAUCUCCGAAUCCUGGACAACAGGUCCGGUCGCCGUACCCGGGUGAAGCUGGGUAUGGGCAAGAUCUCAAUCAGAGUCUUCUAAUGCGUCAACACGUUCACCCAGUUGAGAACGUUGAGGAUGUGUAUGGAGGAAGGGAAAACAUCAUCCGAGCACCACAUAGGUUCGAUGACUACACCGGGCGACAGAUCUAUGGCGAAGCUGACGAACGCGAAAUGCAGAUGAGAAUGGCCCAACAGAAGUACCAUCAAGCAGGGCAAGUAGCAGGACAACAAGCCCUAUACCCUAACAACGAACGACGAACACCUGACACCUACGGUCGAUCUAGAUCUGGUCAGACAGAUCGAAGAAACUUCUCUGACUACGAAGACAUCUACAACCUACAACAACAGGCUCUUGGGGACCUAGGCUCCUACCGCCGUCCCAUGAGCCCUAUUGGUUACCAGAACACCAACAAGAGCGUCCCAGGACGAUACACGCCAAACUAUCUCGAGCCCAACACUGCUGCCCAGCAUGUUCAAAUGCGUGCCCGCCCUGUACAAUCCACCCUUAUGCCAAGGCCGCACUCAGCUGACUUCCUGGAGUACGAGGCUCGCAGUGAAGCUGCUCAGAUGCAGGCUGAACCAGCCCGGGCACCUCGUCCAAAGUCCAGCCUGGAUAUCAAUCGUGCUCCCGACAGUUAUUACUACUCAGAAGCCAGCUAUGCUGAGAAAUUACGUCAGAGUGCUCUGUACCAGACGAAACCUUCAACGAUGCCCAUGCGGUACAGUGCAAAUCCCUUCGCUGCCGAAAUGGCAGUCAGCACGAUGCCCAGAGAAGCGGACUACGGGCAGUACGGUCAAAGGGUUUACCGGCAGCAGCAGAUUCAGCAACUGCAGAAGAGCUUCAUAAGUCCGCAGCAGGAUCAGUUUCUGCGUUCGGCAAGUGCUAGGCUGCCCCGAAAAGAAGAAGAGGCCAAUGGACGAGACAGCGAAAGGAGACGCGAGGAGUCAAUGAAGAGGCUGCUAGAGUGGAAGCAGCGUAUGCUACAAUCCCCGCUAACUCGCAAAGGUGCCACUCUGUCUGCCACUUCAACCAUGACUCAACCCAAGUCUCCGGUACCCAUGAAUACCGGCCUCCAGAGAAGUCGAUCCGAAACCCACACCAAUGCCGGCUACAAUAGCUACUCAUCCGACGACGAAGCAUCGCUCUCAGUGCAGAAUGUGAAGAAUGUGCAAUCAUCGGGGCUGACUGUGAAACCAGAUGACUCAAUUGACAUCCAACGCAGUCACAUGAGCAAUAAUCACGAAGAGAGAUUCCCAGCGAAUUUGGUACGUGGGUAUGAGCAUCAGUGGCCCAUGAAGAAGAGUACGAGUCAGAGGGAGAUUGACCAGCUGGAGCGAGAGAAUGCCAUUAGGAGUUUGGAUAUGUCGGCGGGUGAUUUACUGAGUCGAACCCAUGAAGAAUUGGUGCUCCUGCUCAUUCAGCUGAGAAGACAGAACAGUGCUACAGCCCGCGCCAUUGAACAGUGCUGCACGGAUAUCCAUGAUGUUCAGAAUCGUAUCCGAACAUCGGAUGGUCAGACGAAGAUGGACAAUAUUGCUCGCUUGGAUUCGCUUAAGCAGCAACUUGUAGACCUGGAAAAGCAGUACGAAAAAAGUAAACCACUCGUGAAUCUCGUGGACAACAUGGUGAAGCUAGGUUCACUUUAUCGUGGUGCACCUAGCGCAAAUCGCCAUCAAGGAAACGAGUCCGUAACCCUAGAUAGGUUAGAGUUCAAUCAGCGGGUUCAGGAACGGCGUUUGCUGCAGGAAGAACGAAGGCAUUGGGAUAGGCUGAGUCCUAAUCAUACAGAACUGCAGACAAAGGUACAGCAACUCUACCAACUCGAUCAGUUGCUUCAGGAGGAGUCUGGAACACUUCAAAGCUUGCAGCGCGACAAGGAAGAUUUGGAACGAGCUCUGGGUGGACUCAGAGCCAGAAUGCAAAAUGGUGUAGGUCCUCCAAUUGCCAUCGAAGCUGCCAGGAAGCAGCAACAUGCUCUUGAGCGAGAACUGUCUCGGGUUCAUCAGCUACUAGCUGAAAAUUCCAAGAAGCUGGAACAGACAGUGGCUGGAAAUGCGAGAUUAGAGCAGGAGUUGCUAGUACUUAGGCAGAAAUUGCAAGCUUCCAGGGAUUCUCGUGGUUCUCAAACUGCACUUAGUACAGGAAGUGGAAGCAAUACUGGUGCUCCGGAUAGUAUUACUUACGCGGGAGGUGCUACAACUGUCCUCGAGUCUGAUAUUCUAGAAUUGAGGCGUGUGCAACAACUGGUUGGUGACAUGCAGAGGCAGAGGCAGGAACUGAGUCAAGCAGUUAGACAACUUACUGAAAAUUCCAACAGUCUCUACCAGCAAAUUCGUCCAAAUGAUCAUCCGGGAAAUUCAAAGAAGCGCCCUCAAAAUAGUUCAUGGAUGGAAACCGAUUUGGAUUCUAUGAUCAGUUCAGAUCACUCAGCGAACCAGAUGGCUCAUAUUGAGCACGUCUCGACGAAUCCCUUCCUCAAUCACAGUCUCUACGUGGACACAAACUCAACGGGGAAGAUGAUCGAGAAUGGUACCAGAACGUCUAAGAACUUCAACAAUCACCAAGAAUCAUCGGAUUGUGUAGAAUCCAGCGGAAUGGAGAGUGAUGAUUUGCUGGAGGGGAAUCAAGUCAACGAGUUUUCCGUACAGGACAAACAGGAGAUCAAAACGGUGCGAAUUGUAAAGCGUGAGAGUGAAAGGAGACAGCGUGACCGGGAACGCACAAAUUCAUCUAGUCAGAAUCUCGAUCAGGUGCUCGAGGAAGAAACCCACCAUCCGGACGACUAUCUCAACUAUGCCCGUAGCAAGUCUCUGCCACGAGGGUACGAAACCGGGUAUGAUCCCUUCAAGGGAGGCGAAUCUCUCAAAUCCCCACGCGUCACCAGUAAAGGGAACACUAUUUAUGCUGCCGGACCUACAAUUCCUGGAAACACUAGCAAAUACUCAGACUUCUACAACCAUACUCCGAUCUCCAACCAUUACCCGGUGUCCAUGACAGAGAGAAUAGAUGAUUCAUCAAAGUAUUACAAUCAGUCGACGUCAGACAAGACCUACAAAGCUUCUUUUGGGAGCACAGGGGAACUCUCUGGACUGAAAAAUAAGACAGAGUCUAUCCAGAGCCUGACAAAAUCUAUCGGGGAACUCAGUCCGGUAUUUCAGAGUGAAGCAGCCAGGCAGAUAAUAUACGAAAUGUCUGGUAGUGCAUCAGAAGAGAAUGGGGAGAAAGUUCCCCUGGCUAGCAAGCACAGGAGAGCAGUUCCUAAAGAGAAGAGGAGGCACAACACAGCGCCCAGCAAUGUCAUCGUCAAGACCAUGCAACAAAUUCAAUCGGAGAACGACAUGAAUCGCAAUAACACAAAUUGGCGAGCUCGAGAUGAUCUUGACAUGGAAGUUGCUCUUCGACCACGAAGCAAUGCACCUGAUGUUGUGCGGUCAGCUCUUGGACCGCGGGAAAAGAUCUCAGAAAACACAAUUGAUAAGCUUUUGGCAGCCCCUAGCAAAAUUCUCAUCCCAGAACGCUAUAUUCCCGAACAACCACCAGAAUUGUCACCAGAGGAAAAGAAGAGGCGCCAGGAGAAAGUGGAGGCCAUCAAGAAGAUGCUCUCUGAAGCACCUCUCAAUCCUUCAAAUGACAACGUUUCCGCUCCUCCGAGUCAAAUUAGUGCUGAGAAGAAGCAACGCGAACAUUUGUUGCAACUAAACCAAAUCCUGGCCCAGCAAGUGAUGCAGAUGAGCAAAAUUGUUGCGGAAAAAGCCAUGGCCACGUUACCAUCGAAAGUAGCUGAAUUCACAAAGAAUAUUCCUGAAGAUGACCAACCAUCUCCACCAGAACCACUGCCAUUGUAUCAACAACGGGAUAAUUAUUUCACUUAAUUGUAAUAAGACACCAACAAUAUUUCUACGAGAUUUUAUUGCUAUUUACUGUAAUUACAAAAAAAAACGAAUUUACAAAAAUGUAUUUAUUCAAAACAAAAACCUUUUUAUCCACUCGACAGAAAAAAAACAAAUUCGCAACAUAAAAUGUAUUUAGCCAGGAACAAGGAAUAUUUAGUGAUUAGAGAGAGACUUAGACGAUAAGAAAUUGUGACAAUUUAUCAAUAUUUAAAUCCGAAUCUCGUGCAAAUUUUAAUCUAGACAAACAAAACAGGCAUUAAGUUCUGUGCUUAAGAAAUUAUCAGCAGAGAUACCAAGAAUCCUUCAAACGAUUAUUCUAACAAUUCCUUAACUCCUGAUUUUUUGAUCAAUAUUAUUCUCCGUCCAUCGUUAUUUAGUCUUUUUCCUAAAAACAUCUUUCCGACAACUUUUUUGACCAUUUAUAACUUCAAAACAUCUUAUUUCUUAUUUAGACGAGAAGCUUUUGCUUUAGUAAAACGAAAAAACCGUGCAAUUUGAAAGUGUUACUCUUGAAGAAGAAGAAAAACACAAAAUAAGGGCUUUCGAUAGAGAAAUUUAGAUGAAAAAAAUAAGAUUAAAAAAAAAUCCCCUCUUACCCAGCAUAUCAACCUAUACAUAAUCUUAUCACAUAAAAGAAUAUACAGCUUUACAAAA